AUGUAUGGGCGGUACACCCAGGAGCUGGGUGUGUAUGCCAAGGAGGAAGCAGCCCGCCUACGGGAUGGAGGAGUGCGGGAUGGCGGAGGACUGCGGAGGAACACCAGCGUUCGUAGUCGUGCUGCAGAUCUGCUGGAGUAUGAGAAAGACCCCUGUGCAAAGUGCCAGUUGUGUGCAUCUCGCUGCCAGAAGUUCCUGAUCUCACGGGUGGGGGAGGACUGGAUCUUCCUCAUUCUCUUAGGGCUGCUCAUGGCUCUGGUCAGCUGGGUCAUGGACUACGCCAUCGCCUUCUGCCAAGAAGCACAGAAGUGGAUGUAUGGGGGUCUGGACAGUAACAUGCUUCUGCAGUACAUCGCCUGGGUCACGUACCCGGUAGUGCUCAUCACUUUCUCAGCUGGAUUCACGCAGAUACUGGCGCCUCAGGCUGUGGGUUCAGGUAUUCCUGAGAUGAAGACGAUACUGAGGGGGGUGGUCCUGAAGGAGUACCUGACUUUUAAGACAUUUGUGGCCAAAGUCAUCGGUCUGACCUGUGCCCUGGGCAGUGGGAUGCCACUAGGGAAGGAGGGACCCUUCGUUCAUGUUGCCAGUCUGUGUGCCGCACUCCUGAGCAAAUUCAUGGCUGCUCUUUUCGGCGGGAUUUACAUGGAAGAGCCCUUUGAGGGAAGCAAGAACGAGUUGAGGAACACAGAGAUGCUGUCGGCUGCCUGUGCAGUGGGUGUGGGCUGCUGCUUUGCUGCUCCUAUUGGAGGGGUGCUGUUCAGUAUUGAGGUAACGUCAACGUUUUUUGCUGUGAGGAACUACUGGAGGGGCUUCUUUGCUGCCACCUUCAGUGCCUUCAUAUUCAGAGUGUUGGCGGUGUGGAAUCAAGAGGAAGAGACCAUCACUGCUCUGUUUAAGACCCGUUUCCGCCUGGACUUCCCGUUUGACCUUCAGGAGCUGCCUGCAUUCGCCAUCCUCGGGAUUGCCUGUGGUUUUGGUGGUGCUCUGUUUGUCUACCUGAACCGGCUGAUUGUAGAGUGCAUGAGGAAACAGAAGACCAUAAACAAGUUCUUGCUGAGGAAGCGCCUGGUGUAUCCUGCACUCGUCACCCUGCUGGUCUCCACACUCACAUUCCCUCCGGGCUUUGGGCAGUUCAUGGCUGGACAGCUGACACAGCACGAGUCUUUGGUCGCGCUGUUCGACAACCGCACAUGGUGCCGUCAGGGCGUGGCCGAGGAGUUCGACUACAUCAGCCACCACCACGCCUGGAAACACCCCCAGGUCAACGUCUUCAUCACACUCAUCCUGUUCAUCAUCAUGAAGUUCUGGAUGUCUGCUGUGGCCACCACCAUGCCUGUUCCAUGUGGGGCCUUCAUGCCAGUUUUCCUUAUUGGUGCAGCAUUUGGCAGACUUGUUGGAGAGAUCAUGGCAGCCAUGUUUCCUGACGGCAUACAUGCUGACGGCAGUGUGUAUCCCAUAGUUCCUGGCGGUUAUGCUGUAGUUGGCGCUGCAGCGUUGUCUGGAGCAGUCACCCACACCGUGUCCACGGCGGUCAUAGUGUUUGAGCUGACCGGUCAGAUCUCCCACAUCCUGCCUGUGAUGAUCGCCGUCAUCCUGGCCAAUGCCGUGGCCCAGGCACUCCAACCAUCUCUGUACGACUCCAUCAUCCGCAUCAAGAAACUUCCUUAUCUGCCAGAGCUGGGCAUGGGACAUCACGAGAAGUAUAAUAUCCGUGUGGAGGACAUCAUGGUCAGGGAUGUGCGCUACAUCACUCUUAACUCUUCCUAUCGAGACCUGCAGGAGAUGCUGCUGACUGGUCAGCUCAAAACACUGGCGCUGGUUGAAUCCAGAGACUCCAUGAUCCUGUUGGGCUCCAUAGAGCGAUUGCAGCUCCAGUCUCUGCUCUCUCUUCAGCUGGGCCGCCAGCGGAGGCUGGAGUACCUCCGCCAGCUGGCCCAGGACAACGGUACCCACGAUCACCUUCCUAGUCUGACCACCGACAGCACCCCCAGCUCACCUUGCGCCCACACCCACAUCAACGCCUCGACCAGCGCUCGCCAAGGGGUCCGCUUCCUGAUCUCCACAGAGGAGUCUUCCUCCUUCGGUCCAGUGGUUUCCAAUGUUCAGCUUCCUCUGAAAUCUGCCUUGAAAACUGUGUCUGCCAUCAGCGACACAGAGACGCCGAAUAGCUCUCAGACCCUGUCAUGCGCUGACCAAGACAAAGAGCUGCUGGAGAGCCCGGCUGGGCCGGCUCCUCCUGAAAAAAGAAAGCCCAAGCCCAAACGAGUGAGGAUCUCCAUGGCGGACUCUGCUGAAGUGGAAGAUUGUAUGACUCCAUCAGAGAUUGCAGAGUGGGAGGAACAGCAGCUCGAUGAAUCGGUGGAUUUCAAGAACUGCAAGAUUGAUCCUGCGCCCUUCCAGCUGGUGGAGCAAACAUCUCUGCACAAGACUCACACUAUCUUCUCUCUACUGGGUCUGGAUCACGCCUAUGUGACCAGCAUGGGACGACUGGUUGGAGUGGUCUCCCUCAAAGAGUUACGUAAGGCCAUUGAGGGCUCAGUGACAGUGACCGGGGUGAAAGUGCGCCCUCCGCUGGCCAGUUUCCGUGACAGUGGGAACAGCACAAACGUAUCCGAGGUAACUGAACUACAUAAGCUGUGCAUCCGCCACAGGGGGCUCUCAUUGCCACGGGAACCCAACCCUCCUGACGUGGAGGAGCAGCCUGAUCUCCAGUACAAAGAGAUCCCCGUCAACUUCUCAGACCAAACCAGUUUGCAGUUUGAAACCAGCCCCGGUGACAUCACAAAUGAGUCGUCGGAGCUGGUGCUCCAGGAAAGCCCCUCGUUCUCUGCGGACCAAUCAGAGUUUACUUUUGACUGCAGCCCCUCCCACACUGAGGAAUCAGAGCUGGCCUGUGACUAUGACCCCCCGACCCAAACGCCGGAGCCGGACGAAACAGAGCAAGAGCAGGGCAGUCCAUCUCUGAACAAGGACCAAUCAGAACCUGAGGGAGAGGGUUGCCCCGCCCACACUGAGGAUCAUUCAGAAUGAUCCAAUCCAUA